AUGGCUCCUUACGCUGGACAGACAAUCAUCGUCACCGGGUCCAACGUAGGCCUGGGACUUGAAGCAGCCCGCCAUUUCGUCCGACUUGGCGCACAGAAAGUCAUCAUCGCUGUGCGGAACAAAGACAAGGGCGAAACGGCUGCCCAGUCCAUCCACGAAAGUACGGGACGUGCCGGCGUUGCGGAAGUCUGGGAACUGGAUCUGAGAUCUUAUGCCAGUGUCAAAUCAUUUGCAGAGCGUGCCUCGGGUCUAGAGCGACUUGACGUUGUUGUAAACAAUGCUGGAAUCCUCACAAAGAAGUUUGAGAUGGCCGAGGACAACGAAUCCACGAUCACCGUGAAUGUGGUAAGCGCAGCAUUCUUGAGCCUGUUGCUAUUGCCCAAGCUUCGGGAAACAUCAGUUCGAUUGCGAAGAGAAGUGGUUCUCACAUUCACGGGCUCCUUUGUCCAUUUCAUGACAGAUUUCCCAGAACAGAAGAAUGAACGCAUCCUGAAUGGGCUGGCAGUCCAGAGGGACGCAGACAUGGCCAAUAGGUCGGCAUAUAUCUUGUCCAUUCGGAUCAUUUGUUGA